AUGCAACAAAAAUCCAUACCUUCAACCUCCCUAGAGGGAUCGAAAGUGGCAAGUAUCAUCAGCUGCAACGCAGUCUGCAUUUCGCUGGCUACUGCUGGUGUUUGUGCUCGGAUGAUAGCCCAAACAUACGCACGUCGUUUUGAUGUCGAUGACGUGACUCGCUACGGCUAUGGAAGACGAUUUGCACUUAUCGAGGCCGACGUGACGAAGGUGACUAUGUUAUUGAAGCUUGAUUUCGUUCUCGAAAUCUCUUACCUCAUCUCCUUAGCAUCGAUAAAGAUCUCUUUCUGUCUCCUAUACCUCAAGGUAUUUUCGAUUACCAAAUUAAGGUGGUUAUACUACUUGGUCAUUGUGAUCGUGACUUGCCAAUUCAUCGAAGAAUUAUUUGUUGUCAUUUUUCAAUGUUCACCAGUCAGCAAGUUUUUCCACCCUACAACAGUAGCGGGCAGCUGUAUCGAUCUUUAUGUUUUCUACUUCAUCUCCUUCGCUACGAGGCUGGCUACUGACAUACUUCUUUUUCUUUUACCUAUCCCACAUGUGCUAAGGCUUCAAAUGCCUUUUGGUGUAAAAGCUGGCCUGGUAGUGAUGUUCGGCUUGGGAUUGCUGGUAUGUGUAACGAGCAUAGUUCGUGUCGCUUAUAUACGGCAUUUUGAGAAGGAUCUGACUUGGGACCUUGUAGAGGCCUUGAAUUGGUCAUCCAUCGAAGUUUGCAUUGCCAUCCUUAUCGCAUGCAUUCCAUCUUUCCGCAAUCUCGUUGUUCGAACCUGUCCUGUCUUACAAAAGACACUUGGACUAGGAAGCAGCCAUAAGCCUAGCCAAGAAACUGAUACUUUACAUACCAGUCCAUUGGACCAGAAUUAUUUCACUCUUCCUAUAGCAGCGAAACCCUCUGGGCCCCGUGACUGCUUCCCUUUGCCAUCGCCGUUAGUAGAGGAAGGCAUCACUCCGAUAACUGAUAUGAGCGGCGCCCUGGAGCCGGAGAUAACAGAGCCGGUAGUCAGGACAUCUCAGCCAGCUGAGCCAUAUCUACGGACAAUGGAUUGCGUGGGACUUACAGGGCUUUCAUUGGCCCUAAAGCACCCUGGGAAAAGGGAAGAUCAGCUUUAA